AACUAGCGCUCAGGCAGCCCUGCCCAGCCUCGCGUCGCCAACGCGUGGAGCGCCGCAGUGCUCUCUAAGGCAAGUUUCCUGGGAGUGUCCCUUCUUUCCACGGACACGGAAAAGUCACCAGUUCUCCAACAGAUGUUUCCCUCGCAGCUCUGAGGUCGAAGAAUUCGCUGGCUGCAGCGCAGAGUCAAGAAGACAGGGGGCUGUGGUUUCGGGGGGAGCCCCACCAGGCAAAUGCCAGGACCAGCAUGAGAGGCUGGACUUCAGCCGAGGUCUGUCCUCCCUCCGGGGGCCGCCUGCUCUGCACCGUGCAUCUGCGAGGAGCUGCUCGCUUUCCCCCCUGGCAAGUCUUUGUUCCAAGCAAAGACGUUGCUUGGAUUUUCUAAUUAACUCCCUCCGCUCCAAAGGGGUCCAGAGGCUGGGAUGCUCUGCCGCCUGGGAGGAUGUUGACUCUCGAGUGGGAGUCUGAAGGACUGCAAACAGUGGGUAUUGUUGUGAUUAUAUGUGCAUCUCUGAAGCUGCUUCAUUUGCUGGGACUGAUUGAUUUUUCGGAAGAUAGCGUGGAAGAUGAGUUGGAAAUGGCCACUGUCAGGCAUCGGCCUGAGGCUCUUGAGCUGCUGGAAGCCCAGAGUAAAUUUACCAAGAAGGAGCUUCAGAUUCUUUACAGAGGAUUUAAGAAUGAAUGCCCCAGUGGUGUUGUUAAUGAAGAAACCUUCAAAGAGAUUUACUCUCAGUUCUUUCCACAGGGAGACUCUACUACAUAUGCACACUUUCUGUUCAAUGCAUUUGACACGGACCACAAUGGAGCUGUGAGCUUUGAGGAUUUCAUCAAGGGUCUUUCCAUUUUGCUCCGGGGGACAGUACAAGAAAAACUCAACUGGGCAUUUAAUUUGUAUGACAUAAAUAAAGAUGGCUACAUCACUAAAGAAGAAAUGCUUGAUAUAAUGAAAGCAAUAUAUGAUAUGAUGGGUAAAUGCACAUAUCCUGUCCUCAAAGAAGAUGCUCCUAGACAACACGUGGAAACAUUUUUCCAGAAAAUGGACAAAAAUAAAGAUGGGGUGGUUACCAUAGAUGAGUUCAUCGAAAGUUGCCAAAAAGAUGAAAACAUAAUGCGCUCCAUGCAGCUCUUUGAAAAUGUGAUUUAAUUUGUCAAAUAGAUCCUCGACUGAACAGAAAC